UGAGUAUUUAACAAGCUGUCAGAGUAUUGGCUGAAUCUCCCAGCAAUCUGCGGCAGCAUUGGCUGACUGCACACUAUCUCUCACCCACAACCAAUCUGGGCUUCGUGCUGCCUCGGCAGAACGAGACACCGACUACGAGGGAUAUCGACAGCUUCAACAUUAAUACUACUUUCACUACGAGCACCGUGACGGAUAGGAUUCCCGCCGAUCUCUGUUGUGUGGCUGUUACGGAUCCCACGUCUCUCCCCUCUUGCACUGCAAUAACAUUACCACAGUAGCAGAGAGGGGCGUUAUUAAUUCAUGAGCUCAGAUAGCUGCUAGAUCUCAGUGUGGAUAGAGCUCUUGGAUUUCUCCGGCACCUGGAACGACAGCAAAUCUUAAUUUGUGGUUUUAUCGAGGAUGGAAAGAGGGAUGUGAAUGAAACUGCAGCAGACGAUGGUGUCGUUUCUCUAACUUCACCAAGUAGCAGUAACCUCAUAUAUGUGGGAAAUAUGACAUUGAAUCAAGAAGUGAGAUAAGACUCCUGCAGAACAUACACUCAGACUUUCGCACUUCGUUCUCAUGGCACACACAAACACAUGCAGUGUGUGUGCGAAGCAGCUGGAGCUUCACUAAUGGUCUGAAUUGCACCACAUUUUUCUCUCUCCCACACUCAUCAUCCUGCCUGACACAUUGCCUUACCAGGUAACAGCUCACCUGGCGAAAGCCUGGUGAUAAAUCAGAAGCCUGACCCUAACCGAAUUAAUUUGCCUCCCUUGUGUGGCUCUGCUGACAUAACUGUGUCCUCGUGUCCUUGACUGUGACCACAAUACUUCUGCAGAUAAACGGAGCGAGUUAAGCAGCCAACUGCCUGCACAUAUACAUACAUACGAAGUUGUAUGUAGAAAUAGUAAAGUGCACCCCCUGAACCUAAGUCAGGUGAGGUGAAGGGAAGAGGAAGGACAGUUGGGAGCUGCCAGCCGUGUGAAUGAACCAAAAACUGCCUGAGGAAAAGACUUGACUUUCCAUCUCUGUUCUCUCUGUGACAGCUUACAUCGUCCCUCUUUCCUCUCACCGGGUUGUAUUUAAGAUGCUGCCUUGGAAAAUGGAGCAAAACACUCCGUUCCUGACUUCACAUUACUCACAGGUGUCAGAUUAAUGAGGGAGCUGUCAGUCAUUGUCAGCCUAUCUGAACAUUUCUUCUCUACGGUCUCUUCCUUUGAAGGAUUUUGCUUUCAAACACCUGGAUUAAAUGUCCGAACCUACAUGAACGUUGAUUUGACCUCUCGGAUGGAUUAACUGGCUGUAUUUGCUGUGGUUUUCGUUUUUAUACGCUGUUAUCUGUCAAGAUCAAAGACAUGGGGAACUCUAUGGGUUGCGUGAGGCCUCCUCGGGAGGGAGAGCUCAGUGGAGUCCCCCCACUUUCACCAAAGAAGCGUCUACGUUUCAGGCGUAAGCACAAGGGCAAGAAGAACAGGAAAGGAGAGUUGGAACAGGAGGACUUUGAGCGACGAAGAAGCCAUGACGAAAGAGAGGACGAGGAUGAAGACGAUGAAGAGAAAGCCACGGUUUCAGAGACAGUAAAUUUAAGUGACAGAGCUCAGACUCUUAAAACAGUGCCUGAUACCCUGUUAACCAAUCUGCACAGCAAUACCUUGUCCCCCGGCUCCGUGAGCGCCACUUUAGGGGGUCGUUUGGGCAACAGAAUACUUGAAGCGUCCCCCAAACCAAGUCCAGCCUGGAGAGGGGUUUUCUGCCUUCCAGGGGAAGAAGACACCGUUAGCGCCAUCGUUGAUGUCUCCAGCAUCCCGAGCCAAACCACGACCACCACCCCGGUCUACACGGUCAACACGGUCCCGACCCUGGGCAGCACCACUCCAGGUGGAGGCAGGGUCUGUCGUGUGAAGGAGAAAGUCCAAGGGGUCUUGGAGAAACCUUGGAUCCUCCGACAGAAGAAGGAGAAAAAAGACAAAGGGAGGGUAGAGAGAGAGGAAAAGGGGGAUGGGGGAGUUAAAGGGGGACCAGAGGGAACUACAGCGGUGGUGCGGACACCUUCAGGAAGGGAGCACAAAGGUGUGGUCCAUAUUCGCGAGGUGGACGGUAAACUGUGCGUGGUGAGGACAGUGUACCCCAGUGAUUUUGGCUCUCCAGUGUGGAGGGGCGAAGGUGGCAGCGAGGUCGAGGUGCGCAAGGAGCCCCUCGCCCCGUCUCCAGUCACAGGAAAUAUCCUCAAAGUCCAACUGUCUGAGGAAGACAAAAGUAGAGCCAAAAUGUCUGCAGGGAGUUUCCCCUCGUUGUCUAACCAAAUGCAAACUCAGGAGACUUUGGCUGUCAAGGGGUUUAGUUUGGACACGCCGGUUCGUGCACAGGAGCAGACCUCUUUGUUGGAGUCGGGUUACGCCAGCGACCUGCCGCUGACCUCUCCAGAAACGGCAGGCACCACUCCCAGUCAAACAGACUGGGGAGGGCUGACCAGCAGCUCGUCAGAGAGGCUGGACUCCAUGAUGGAGAGUCCUCUGUCACUGCAGCAACAGGCGGCUGUGAAAUACCUGCCACAGAUUUCAGAGAUCUAUGUGAGCGGCGAGUCGGGCGACCUCACAGCCAAAGAGAAGCUGUUGUUAUGGAGCCAGCAGGCGACAGAAGGCUACCCCGGCCUCCGCUGUGUCAACUUCACCUCAUCCUGGAGCGACGGACGCAUGUUCAACGCUCUGCUGCACAGAUACAGGCCAGACCUGAUCGACAUGGAGGUGGUGUCGCGGCAGAGUAACCGGGAGAACCUCGAGCAGGCCUUCGAGAUCGCCGAGUCACUCGGGGUGACCAGACUGCUGGACGCUGAGGAUGUUGAUGUUCCGUCUCCAGACGAGAAGUCGGUGAUCACCUACGUCUCCUCCAUCUAUGAUGCCUUCCCCAAAAUCCCUGAGGGAGGAGAGGGCAUCGCUGCACAGGAGGUGGACCAGCGCUGGUUCGAGUACCAGUCCCGGUUCUCCUCUCUGCUCCAGUGGAGCCGCCAGCAUACGGCCCUCAUGGCCAACAAGAACUUCCCACAAAACCCUGUGGAACUCAAGGCACUUUACAACGAGUACGUCCAUUUCAAGGAGACGGAGAUCCCCGCCAAGGAGGGCGAGAAAGGUCACAUCGAACACCUCUACAAGCUGCUGGAGGUGUGGAUAGAGUUCGGUCGCAUUAAGCUUCCUCAGGGCCUCCAUCCCAAUGACCUCGAGGAGGAAUGGGGCAAACUCAUUCUGGAGAUGCUUGAGAGAGAGAAGGCUCUACGGCCGGCUGUGGAGAGGCUAGAGCUGCUGCUUCAGAGGGCUAAUAAGAUCCAGAACAUGGCUCUGGACUGUGAGGAGAAGCUCACCCUCGCUAAAAACACACUCCAGGCUGACAUGUCUCGGGUGGAGAGCGGCGAGGCGGUGCAGUGUGAGAGAGAGCUGGCGUGCUACCUGCAGGACUGUGAGACUCUCAUCAGACAGCUCAACCAGGAGCUCAAAGUCCUGCGAGAUGAGAAAUACUACCAGGUGGAGCAGCUGGUGUUCAGAGUGUCCUGCCUGCAGGAGGAGCUGGUCUCUCUCAGGCUGCAGUGCUCAAGCGUCUACAGGAAAGGAAACUUCUCCCAGGCGCUGGGCACCACCGGGGCCGAGCACCCGAGUCAGAGAGCCACGGACGGCGGCCUGACGCUGGGUCAGACGCUGCUGGGAGCCGUGGGGGCCGUGGGCGCCGUCGGUGCCGCGCUGCUGCGGCGACCGACGGCUCGCUCCCAGCUGGUCGCCAUGUCGUCAUCAGAGGACGAAGGAACCCUGAGGUUCAUCUACGAGCUGCUGGGCUGGGUGGAGGAGACGCAGGAGCUGUUGGAGCGAGCAGAGUGGGGCGCAGACCUUCCCUCCGUAGAAAACAACCUCCAAGAGCACAACAGCAUACACACUGCAGUGGAGGAGCUGAUGAGCAGCCUGCAGGAGGCACGCAGCUACGAGGCUAAAGUCUCUCCAAACUUUAAGAGCAGUUACUCUGAAACCCUGGCCAAGCUGGAGCACCAAUACUGCAAACUACUGGAACAUUCGUCAUGGCGCCUGCGGAGCUUGGAGAGCCUGCACGCAUUUGUGUCGCACUGCACUGAGGAGCUGAUCUGGCUCAACGAGAGGGAGGAGGAGGAGAUCGCCUACGACUGGAGCGACAGCAACUCCAACAUGAACGCCAAGAGAGAAUUAUACAGCGAAAUGAGGUUAGAGCUGGAUGAAAAACAAGCUGUGAUGCGGUCGCUUCAGGAAACAGCCAACCGUCUGUGUCUGGAGAACCAUCCAGCCAAACAGACUGUGGAGGCUUACAGCGCGGCCCUGCAGACUCAGUGGCAGUGGGUGAACCAGCUGUGUGUCUGUGUGGAGCAGCAUCUCAAAGAUAACACGGCAUACUUCCAGUUCAUGAGCGACGCCCGGGACUGUGAGUCGUACCUGCGGCAGCUCCAGGAAACCAUCAAGAGACAGUACACCUGCGACAAGAACAGCAGGCUGAGCAAACUGGAAGACUUGCUGCAGGACUCAAUGGAGGAGAAGGAGCAGCUAAUUGAGUACCGCAGCACGGUGGCCAGCCUGGUGGGCCGGGCCAAGACGGUGGUGCAGCUCCGCCCCCGCAACGCAGAGAGCACGCUGGGAGCCACGACGCCCAUCAGAGCCAUCUGCGACUACAGACAGAUAGAGAUCACAAUAAACCGAGGCGAGGAGUGUGUGCUCGAGGACAACUCUCAGAGGACCAAGUGGAAGGUGAUCAGUACAACGGGGAACGAGGCGAUGGUCCCCUCGGUGUGUUUCACCGUCCCGCCUCCCAACCAGGAGGCCAUGGACACAGCCAGCAGGACGGAGCAGCUGUACCAGAAGGUCAUGUCUCUGUGGCAUCAGCUGCACGUGAACAUGAAGAGCGUGGUGUCCUGGCACUACCUGCUUAAAGACAUCAGGACCGUCUCCGGAUGGAACCUGGACACUGUUCGCUGUCAGUCUCCGACGGAGCGCCAGCAGGUCCUGGAUCACCUGGACUCCCAGCUGGCCGACUUCCUGUCUGACAGCAAAGAGAGCUCCUUGUUCGUGGCGGGCGAGAGACGAGAGCUGGAGAAAGAAGUUCAGCAGGCCCAGCAGCACUGUCAGGACCUGCUGCACAACAUGGAGACCGUGGAGAAGGACGAGUCGGUGUCUCGUUCGUACCUGUCGGAGCUGCAGAACAUCACACUGCGUCUGAACGAGGCCGAGCAGAGACUGAUGAGAGGAAUUCAGACUCCGCCCCCCAGCCGGCUGUCAGGCGACAGUGCUAACAACGCCGUCCAGAUCGCUGAGCAGGAGAAGCUGCAGUCGGAGCUCGACACCCUGCGCUCCAGUUUGGGCGACGUGUCUCGGCGAUGCGUCAGUUUCUUCGAGGAGAAGCCAACGUCCUCCAGCGUCCCCGUCCUCCGGUCUGAACUCAACCAGGCCGUGGAGAAGACAGACAAACUGCACAACCUCUCGUCUGUCUACUUAGAAAAGUUAAAAACGAUCGACAUCCUGAUGCGUAGCCUGGAUGAAGCGGAGAGUCUGGUGAGGAAGAAUGAGAGCAGACUCAGUGAAGAGGACAUUGUCACUGCUGACACAACGGCCAUUCAAAACCUCAGAGAUCAACUCGGGAAGUGGCAGUCCGAGCUCGACGAGCAGGAAGGCGUCUUCCAGUCUCUGCAGUCGGGAGUCAGCCGGGCCAAAGAGGCCGGCUCUCAGCUCAGCAGGCUCCACCCGGACCGCAGCCCCGAGCUGGAGCGCUACCAGGAGAGAGCCAAUCAGCUGGCAGAGAGGUGGAGCGGAGUCAAGAGACAGAUGGAGACACGACGAGGCGAACUGGAAGCUCUGGGCUCGGACCUGCAGCAGUACAGAGACGGCCACUCGGCUCUGAUCAAGUGGAUCGAAGAAACGACAGAGAGACAAGAAAACACACAACCUGGACAGACGGACAGCAAAAUGCUGUCUGAACAACUGGCCCAGCAGACGGCAUUAGUAGCUGAGAUUGAACAGAAUCAGACCAAACUAGACGAGUGCCAGACUCACUCCAAACAGUACUGCACCUCUGUGAAGGAUUACGAGCUGCAGCUGAUGACCUACAGAGCCUUCGUAGAAUCGACGCACAAGUCGCCCGUCAAGAGGAGGAGGAUGCACUCCUCCUCUGACGCCAUCACACAGGAGUUCAUGGACUUGCGGACACGCUACACGGCCUUGGUCACAUUGACAACCCAACAUGUGAAGUACAUCAGUGAUGCACUGAGAAGACUAGAAGAAGAGGAGAAAGAGGUGGAGGAGGAGAAGCAGGCCAGGGUGGGGCAGGUUUCAGACCUGCUGGGCUGGGUCAAAGGGCUUCAGGGUCGCACUGGGGGCCCAAACGCUGAGUCAUCACUUGCUGCUCAACAGGCCAUCAGUGAGCAGCUGGCAGCCAAGAAAGAUGAAGUGGCUGAAGCUAUAAGGAGCACUCAGGUCUUCCUGCUCUCAAAACAGGCCAGCAAGCUGUCCCCAGAGGAGCGCGCUCACGUCGAGGCCCAGCUGGACGAGCUGACGGCCACCUACAACCAGCUGUGUGACAGCUCCACCCAGCAGCUGCAGCAGCUGGAGCAGCAACUGGCCAAAGAGGAGGAAAGAAAGACCCAAAUUGCAAUUGCUGGAGUGAUUGACCUGGGAACAGUGGAGACAUUCCCAGUGUUCCAAGCAGCCCAACGUGGUCUUAUUGACCAGGACACCUGCCAUGUACUAUUGGAGGCCCAGCUCAUUAUGGGUGGGCUCCUCCAGCCUGACAACCCUCUCAGUCUUUCUCUGGAACAAGGUCUAGCUCAAGGCCUGAUUGACCCCUAUACCAGACAGUCCCUUUCUGAGCUCGAGACCGCCUUGCUUUUGGUGGAAAACACCACAGAUGACCAGCAGCAAAAUGUCUUGCCAGUUGCUACAGCCAUGGAGUUUGGGCUCAUCAGAGAGGAGGUGGCACUUCGUAUUUUAGAACUCCAGAUGAACACGGGAGGCCUGAGAGACUCAACGGGAAGAAUCAUGAGUUUAGAGCAAGCUGACAACAUGAGACUUUUCACUCCCAGAAUUUUCACCAAACUCCAGUCGAGGCAGCAACACAAAGAGCUGAUCGACCCAAACACAGCUGAGAAGUUGAACCUAUAUGAGCUACAACAGCGAUGUGUCCUCGACGAUGACUCCGGUCUACUUCUCUUCCCCGUCAAGCAGCAACCUGGAGGAACUGUCUCCCUCCAAUCCGGAAGAAAAGUUGGCAUCUUCCGUGCAGUCCAGGAAGGCCUGAUUGAUCGGAAAGUGACUGUGCGACUUCUUGAAGCUCAGCUCUUUGCCGGCGGUAUUGCUGACCCGCGGUCUGGCCACCGGUUGACAGUUGAUGAAGCAGUUCGUCACGGACUUAUGGACCAGGAUCUAGCCUCCGCCAUGUUGGCAAGACAGCUGCAAAAUGGGGGAAUUCUAGACCCUUUCAGUGGAGAGCGCCUGGAUUUGGAAGAGAGCAUUCGCAGGGAUCUUCUCUCUCCUCGUUUGGCUCUGUUGGUCCUGGAGUCUCUUUGGGCUUUCAUGGGGGUACUGUGGCCUGAAUCCGGAGAACUCCUGUCCAUGGUCGAGGCCCUUCAACAAGGAGUGAUCUCAGGAGAGUUGUCAAGAAACAUCUUAAAGCAGCGACAUGCCAUUGGGGCUCUUUACAACCCAGAAACCCUCCAGGUGCUGCCCCUGAAUCAGGCUGCAGAAGAAGCCCUUGAGCCCAGUGUGGUCCGUUUUCUCAAAGACAUCCACAUCCCAGACGUUCUCUCCAGCAUGAACCAGUCAGGUACCCCAUCUCUAAACCGUCUGAGCUGGGGUUCCACCAGCUCCUCCCCAUCUCCGUCCUCUCCACCGCCUUCAUCAUCUCCCUCAGGCCUCGUCUGGGAUGCACAUACACAUCAAAUGGAUCCUGAAGAACAAGCAAAACACAAGCUGCUGUUUCACCUCAUGACUCACAGCUAUGUGGAUGCUCAUUCUGGAAAAAGACUGGUACUCCUGGACCCUGAGCUGCUGGAGUUGGUCAAAGCUACUCAACUGGUUACUGGAGACUCUGUAUAUAGGAGUCAAGUUGAGACCACAGAUGAGCAGGGAAAGCUGCAAAUGGCGAGAGAGUUUAGUUUGACAGAUGAAGGGAUAAGUGACAAACAUACUGAGAGUGAAGAAGAAAGUUCCAGUGUAGUCACACCAAGUGAAGAAUCUGAGAUGAAUGGUGCAGGUAGACUCAGAGAAAGGUAUGAGGGAGGAAAUGACAACAAAAUGUUGCACAAACCAUCAGUAAUUGUAGAGAGAAAUAAAAUUGGUGAGAAUAAAGAUGAAAAAGUUAAAGCUCAAAAGAAAGAAAAAGUCAGUCAUGAACGUGUAAUGGCUCCAGCUCAAAAUCUUGAAGGGGUAUCAACAAAAGACCCAGAAAAACUGGAAGUAACUGAAUCUAAGCCCAGGGAUACUGCUGGUCAGGAAAUUAGUAGUAAAGCCACAAAAGUAGAUAGAAAAACUACCAUGGUGCCACUAAAAACGGUAAAAGAACCAAUCCCACCGGGAGCAAAAACAAAUGAUGUUAAAUCAAAACAAUCUGGUGACAGAAAAGAUGUAAAGCACUCCCAGAUCGAAUCAGAAAAGAUCAAACAAAAGCUGCCUGUAACAGAGACUGACUCGAAGCAUGCUAAACCUCAGGUUGAUAUCACUGAAUCAGCAGUCGAGAAGGAAGAGGAGGAUACUGAGUUGGCAAAAUUAGUCAUAGAGCUCAAACAGGGAGGCCUCCUGACGGAGGAAGGGGAAAAGCUGCUCCCAGAUGAGGCAGUAGCCCAGGGUGUUCUCCCUGGCCAUGCAGCAGUUAAAUUAAUGGCUCAGGCAGGUCUGUUUGGGGGUUUCCUCGAUGCCAGUAGCGGUGAGUCCCUUAGCAUGGAGGAUGUUAUGCAGGGAGGUUUACUAGAUGAAGAUCUAAUGUGGAGUGUCCUGAAAUCAGAUAAAACCCUUGCAGGGGUUGUAGAUGUAGAGAAAAGUCAGAUUUGCGGGGUGAGGGAGGCAGCUCAGGCAGGGCUGAUCGACCCAAACACCGCUGCUCGGCUUCUUGAAGCUCAGGUGGCAUCUGGGGGGAUAGUUGAUCUACGCAGGGAUAAGAAAGUGUCCGUCACCCUGGCAGCAAACCUAGGGCUGAUCGAAGAGGAUCAGAGAGACAAACUGGUGGCACUAGAGAAGGCUUGCAAAGGAAAGGACACAGAUUCAGCAACAGCCUUCACUAAAGCCAGUUUACAGCUGCAGAUGGAAGGUGUCAUCGACCCAGAGUCCAAGUGUCCAGUCCCUCUGGAGCAAGCAAUUCAGAAAGGGUUGAUAAGAUCUGAGGAGGCUUAUCAGGUGCUGGCAAGGCAGGUGGCUGAAGGUGGUAUAAUGCAUCAUGCUUCAGGGAUGAGGCUGUCAGUUCCUGAUGCUGUAGUUAGAGGAGUGGUGGAUCGGUCCAUUGCUCCUGGAUUGGAAGAACUAGAGUGGGUCUAUCAAGGAAAAGUCAGCCCUUCAUCUCACCCAGAAGCUGUUGUUUUCCAGGCAUCAACAGGAGCCAUUUCGGACCCUGUCUCUGGCAGUAAACUGACAUUGACAGAGGCCGUUUCUAAGGGUCUUCUGGAUGAGAAUAUUGCCAGUGAAGCCAUGGCCUCUUAUGCUGUCACACAAGGAACACUUGACCCCAAAACUGCACGCAUUGUGCCUUAUUCAGAGCUUGUAAACCAGGGUAAGAUAGAUAUUGAAACAGGCCAACGCUUCUUGGAGGUGAAACCAUUCAGAGGUGUUUUAGAUAAAGAAACAAGAGACAGUUUGACUCUUCCCGAGGCGGUUGCGUCAAAGCAAGUUGACCCAGUUUCUGCGUUGAGGUUACUUCAAAGCCAGGCAGACAGUGGAGGGAUCAUUGAUAUACAUACUAGAGAAAGGCUUCCGCUGUCUGAAGCUUGCGAUAGAGGUUUAGUUGAAGACAAUAUGGUCAGGGUAAUAGCCACCAACCAGUUUUUGAAAGGAGGCUUAGUCGAUCCCUCCACUGGAGGGAAAAUCGAUCGUCUUGAUGAUGCCGUUGAAAAAGGACUGAUCUCCACUGAUGUAGCUACAGAGAUCCAGGAGAAAUUGGCUUCUGUGGAGAGUGAUGAAGGUAGCGCUACACCUGUUGCUUCAUCAAAUGGUACAUACAGCCCCGCUGUUAUAUUGUCAGUGUCAAGCCCAGACAGUCCAACAAACUGGUCAGAUGUGAGCAACGAGGUGCCGCCAAGAUCUCAAGAUUUAGGAAUCACACCGGACGAUAGAAAGACUUCUGUAGAAUCAGAUCAGCCACUGUUAUAUGACCCAACUACAGAACUAGAGGCACCAGUGUUGGUAGAAGAAAAUACUUUUAUUGAGCCAGACCAAUCCAUAGACCUUUUGUGUAAGUUUGCCACUAAUGUUGAGAAAAGAAUUCAGGAAACCAUAGAAGAGAUAGUCCCACAGGCAAAGAUCAGUCAAUCAGAGCCUCUUCGUAAGCAGAAGCUCGAUGAAAGACCAGAAAUAGGUGUGAGUCAGACUGAUGAUAAACAAGAGAGGGUUGUCAGAGUAUCUGUUGAAGAACCCAUUCAGGCACAUGUCCGAGAUAUCGACAAAGAGUCAAAGGGAAAAGUCAGAAAAGGGGCUACUGUUUCACAAUCAGAACAUGUAAAGGCUGGAGGAAAAGAUAGACCCAGUGAUAAGAGCCCGUCAGUGGUUUCUCAUGAUCCUAAAGAUGGAAACCUGAAAGCAGAGAUUAGAGAUGAAGGAGAAAGCAAAGACAGCACUGAAGUGUCAAAAUUGAGUGAAGAGGAAUAUAGAAAGAGUGAUGUGGCAACACGGAGAGAGGAUACUAUAGAUGAGAAGGUUGAAAGAGCGGAGAAAGAUAAACCUUUAAAGAGUGAGAUCAAAUCUAGCACAGACACUGAGAAGCCAGACCACUUAUCAACCCCUCCAUCCAAAGAGACAGAAGGCAAAAGCAAGAAAAAGAGGAAAAAUAAGAAGAACGGAAAGGGUAAAGAAGCAGAGCAAGAAACACUCCCUCCGGAGAUAAAACAUCCAUCUCAGAUUGAUCAAGCUUAUGUAUGCGCUGAAGGGCAACCUGAAGCGUUUAAUGAAGUUAAAGAUGAGCUUAAAUCACAAGAUACACACAACAAAACACAGAUUCAUAGUCAGACAGCUUCCACAGGGCCUACCAAAGUAGAAAGUGAAGCAAAGAGUGUCAGGAACAUUGAGGAUGAAAAAGAUUUGGUCAAACAGGGGCAGGAAGCAGUUCCAGCAACUCUGGAAAUAACAAAACAGAGUAUUGAAGCAGAGAAGGAUACAAUAAAAAGUCCAUCAUUGAAGGAUACAGAAAAGGUUGAUAAAAGAGAGGAGAAGAAAAGGGAGAAGCAGAAAGAGAAGGUUGAAGAGAAGGCUUCUGUCUCUCAGCAACCAGAACAACCAGAGAGCAAUCAGGAGGUGAAGAAAGAAAAGGAGCAAGAACUCCUGCAGAAAUCAACUCUACCGAACAACGAGAAGGCGGCCUUGGUACUGAAAGCCAAAGAGAGCAUUCUUAAAAAGGUGUUUGAAAAAGGGGUGAGCGAGAAGCAGGCGGCAGAGGAGCUCCAGGCCCUGCGCAAGGAGGUGGGGAAGAAGGAGAUUCGAGGCACAACUGUGAAGACACAAACUCUGCCGGCUGAUGGAGAGGAGAGUCAUGAUGUUAAAGAUGAUGGUGUGAAAAGACCCAAUGGUUCACCAAAACAGAGUGAGGAGGAGGUGAAGGUCAAAGAAGAGGCAGUGGCAUUGACAGUGGUGAAAGAAAAUCUGACUGAGAAGAAAGUUCCUGUUAAGGCAGCCAUGCAGACCAAACUAGUAGAGUCUUCUUCAAGUGAGAUGGAAAACAAAGAGAGUUCGGGAAAGGAAGAUAUACAAAAAGAUCCAUCUGUCCAGCCGAAAGAAACCCAGCAAAGUAAACGAAAGAAGAAGAACAAGAAGGCUAAGAUUGCUCAAGUGACUGACAAAACUGAGUCUGACACUGAGAAGAUACCAGCCGAUGAGAAAGUGGAUUCUGAGGUCACAACAACAAAAAUGACCACAAAAUCUACAGUGGUGAGACCAGAUUCAGAUAACUCUGCUUCCAUUAAAGAGCAGAGGAUGGACAGACAUACUGAAGGCCAAUCAGCCAGUGAUCUCAUUACGCCUCCAGUUAGUGGUGAUGCAGGUGAAGAAGUGGAGAACUCUGUAGUUGCUGUUAAAGGAGCUAAGACAAGUCAACAAAGUCCACCAUGUUUACAUCAAUCAGAAGAUCCCAAUACUCACAUUGAGGAGCAUGUCCAAUUGGCAGCUGUUGCAUCUACUGGAAGAGAAGAAUCCCAUUCAGAAAACAGAAAGGAUGGCCAAUCCGUUGAGGCACGCAAACCAGACAUCCAACUCACAGCUCAGUCUGGUAAACAACCAGGUAAAACAGCAGGGAGAGGUAAAAAGAAGAAGGGACAGAAACCACCAGAGGAGGUUCAUAGUCCGGAUGUUCCUGAAUCCAAACAGCAGCAUCUUGAGUCUCCAGAAUCAGCACCUUCACUGUCAGACGAUACUUCAACUGGUUCAGUCCUUGAGUCUGAUACAGCCUCCGAGAGUUUGGGAGAGGAGGACGUCAAAGAGAGGCAAGAAAUUGUGUCAAACAAAGGAGGGACGUCAUCAGGGACUGGCAAGUCGUCAUUGAUGCGUCAGGAGUGCCUCGAGCACGACCAGCGAAUUGUAGCCCUGGUCUCCAUGGUCCGACAUAUUGAAGUCCGACUGAAGCAGCAGCAGCAGCAGUCUGUCGGCCGCAGCCUCAUCGCCUUGGACGACAUCAUCAGACAGACUGAGACUCUGGACUUUGAACUGCGUGACUUGGAGCCGGCGAUCAACAAAGAAGUUGAGGCUGCUGAAGAGCUGCUGAAGCCUGAACCAAAAGACGUUCCUCCGCAGCUCCUAUUGGCUCUGGAAAAGGACGGGCGGAGCUUGGCUCGAGGGUAUGAGGCGGCCAAAUCGCUUUCUGAGGGCAUUCUGCAAAGUCUGCGAGACCACAGAGACUCAUACAAGGCGGCAGUAACAGCCGAGCAGAAGUCGCUGGGAGGACAAGUGGAGAGUCUGCUCUCGUGGUUGAGGGAGACGGAGGCUCAGAUGAAUGGAGGGAUGGCGGGGAUGGAGAGAAUGGAGACAGCAGAGAAAGAUGACAGUCAUGAUCAACUCACACAGCAGCUGAACCUCUGCAAGGAGCUCCAGUCCUCCCUGAUGGCUCGCUCCAGUGAGGUCAACAGCACGGCCUUUGACAUCCAGGUGUUCAUCUCAGAGCGGGCCCCGGACCUGGCCCCUGAGCAGAGCAGGCACCUUCUGGGGCAGCUGCAGCAGCUCCAGAGGGCCUUCCACCUGGCGUCAGGCCAAGCCCAGGCCUGGGCCGACGCCCUCUCCGCCCAGAGAGAGCGGGAGGAGGAGCGGCAGCGCAGGGAGAGAGUGAAAGAAGAGGAGAAGGACAGAGAGAGGCAGAGUGCCAGGGAGAGAGAGGUGGUUCAACAGCAGAAAGCCGAAUGCUCCCAGAAACUAGAAGGUCUUACCAUGUGGUUGGCUGGAGCUGCCAGCUUACUGGCCAGUCAGAAAGGUGGAGCAGAGUCAGGUGACGUGAACGUCCUGCAGGAAAAGCAGAAAAGACUAAAGGAGGCACAGAAGGACCUCCAGACCAAAGAGGAGGGCAUCGCCGAGGCUAUCCGCUCUGCAGAGGAGCUGCUGUCAGAGCGAGGGGGAAGUCUGAGCCCAGAGGAGAGGAAGAACCUCCAGGGGACGCUCACGAAAAUGAAGGAGCAGUACAGCGCCCUGAAAGAUUCAGCAAACACGUCACUGUCGGAGCUGGACACGGCCAUCAGCGCCACGGUGCAGCAGAACACACAGAGAGCGAAGGCGGAGGAGGAGCUCCAGGAGACCCAGGACCAGAUAGACUCUCUGCUGAACGAGCUCUCCUCCCUGAGCCAACCAGGCGGGAGAGGAGCAACCAAAGAUUUUACUGAUGCACCGUUCUCACAGCCGGAGGGCGCCGUGAUGUCACACACAGAGAUGCUGCAGGCCGAGCUUCAGCAGCUUCAGUCUCAACAGGCGCAGCUUCUCCAGAUCACACAGUCGACGCGCUCGCUCCUGGAGCAACCGGACUCGACGGUUCCUCCUGAAGAGAAGCAGCGUCUCCGGGCUGCCCUGGACCAGCUGCAGGCCCAGCACCAGGACAAGCUGCAGAGCUGCCAGGACCGUCUGAGGAAGUCUGAGGCUCUGAAGGACGAGCUGACCAAGUUCCUCCAGGAACACGGAGGUCUGUGUACCUGGCUGGAACAAAGUGAACAGGAUCUCCGUUCCCUGGGGGAAGGAGAAACUGAUGCACAAGGACUGAAGAGCAGGCUGGAGGAGCACAGAAAGCUUGCUGAGGAUGUAAUUUGCCACAAGGCGGACCUGCGAUUCGUUUCCAUCUCGGGUCAGAAGGUUCUGGACUCUGUUCAAGGAGCUCUGGAGCAAGUUGGCGGUUCAGACGCAGCUCUGGACGGCACCAAGCAGCUGGUGACUGACAAGCUGCAGGAUGCAAACCACAGAUACACGACACUACACACCAAGUCAACAGAGUUGGGCGCCCGCUUGUCGGGCCUGUUGGAGAGGUACCAGCAGUACCAGGAUGAGGUCGUCUCCGUCCACUCGUGGCUCAGCACUCAGGAACAGAACCAAAGCAUCGCCAAGCCCAGUGGGGACACCGACCCCCAGAACCUGCAGAACACACUACGACAAGUACAGCUGCUGCAGGACGAGCUGGCUGAGCGCUCGGUGCAGCUGGAGAAGGUGAAGAGAGCAGGAAGAGAUCUGGUCAGCACAGACGAGUCUCCCUCCCUCAAAGCUGUGGACAUCCUCUGUGCUGCAGAUGGUUUGGAGAAGAGGUUUGGAUCGCUCUCUGCGUCCGUGUCAGAGCGGGCCGAGCAGCUGCAGACCGCUGUGGCCCAGUCAGUCAGUGUCCAGGAGGGUCUGAAGGGUCUGCUGAGCUGGCUGGACAAGCUGGUUCUGAAUCCUGGUCCAGUUGAACCCACCGCACAGGCUGUCCAAGACGCUCUGACACAGAACCAGAAACUCCGUCAGGAGCUGGUGUCCAGGCAGGGCAGCGUAGAAGCAACACGAGACUCCGUUUCCAGACUCCUUCAGAGCUCCGACGCCUCAACGGCCUCCGGCCUGCAGGGCUCUUUAGAUGAGCUGACUCAGCGUUACGCAGCAGCGCAGGCUAGCCAGGCGGAGAGGGAGGCGGAGCUCAAAGGGCUGCUGCCCCGGCUGGAGAGCUACGAGCGGAUGGGGACAGACCUCCAGGCCUUCACCCAGAGCCGACUGAAGGCUCUGAGCCCGGCGGGUCAGCCGGACCGCAGCGUGGACGACUACAGGCAGACCAUUGAGGAGGUCCGGUCGGAGCUGGAGCAGGAAGCCGCUCAGGUCAAAUCCUUCUGCAGCCUCGGCAGCGAGCUCAGCCAAUCAAAAGCCUUCAACAACACUCAAAGCUUAUUGGACAAUGUGAAAGGAGUGUCUGAUGAGUUCACGCAGCUGGAAGCCAACGUCAACGAAAGGUUUGCUGCCCUGCAGGCCUGCGAGCAGCAGCUGCUGCAGUUCCGCGGCCUCUCCGGCUCCCUCCUCAGGUGGCUGCAGACGGCGCAGGACCAGCUGCCGUCCAAAGAGGCCAACCUCAACACAGAGGGCCUGCAGAGACGAGUGCAGCAGCUCAAGGACUUGUUGAACGACUGGGAGUCACAGGGAUCCAGAGUCCAGGAGCUGAACAAGACCGGCUCGGAGCUGGAGACCCUCAUCAUUGACAUCACUGCUCCUCAGACCAAAACCGGUGCUCCUCACAUCAAUGGCUCAUCAGGUCCCAGCAGUGUCAAUGGCAUUCACACCUGCAAAGACCUGACAGAGCUCCAGGUUGCCGUGUCCGAUGUGAACGGACGGUACGAGACGCUGGGCGGCGAGCUGAAGGAGCGUCUCAGCCGCCAGAAGGCCUCGCUGGAGCUGAGGCAGAAGGCCAGGCAGGGCACUGACGAGCUGAAGAGCUGGCUGACGGACAGAGAGCAAAGCCUGAAACAGGGACAGACCGCCUCGCCCUCCAGACCCGAGGUGGUACGCGCCCAGGCUCAGGAGAACAAGGCUCUGCUGUCAGAGCUGGCGGAGCACUCUGGGAAGGUGGACGAGCUGAAGAGCACGCUGAGGAAGCUGGUUGCUGACAAUCCUGAUUCUCCUGAGGCAGACACCUGGAGACAGCAGCUGCAGGAGAUCGACUCCCGCUGGCAGACGGCCAAUCAGACGGCAGCACAGAGGCAGACGGAGCUGGAGACAUGCGCCGAUAGGCUGGGCAGCUUCGCCUCGGCGGCCAGUCAGCUGGGCCCGUGGCUGAGGGAGAAGGAGCUGAUGAUGAGUGUGCUGGGACCGCUGAGCAUCGACCCCAACAUGCUCAACACACAGAAACAACAAGCACAGUUCAUGCUGCGUGAGUUCGAGACUCGGCGGCCCCAGUUCGACCAGCUCACCCAGUCCGCCGAGGGAAUCCUCUCCCAGACCGGAGACUCCGCUCAGGACCCCAAGGACCUGGCGGAGGUUCGGGCUGAGCUGGGCUCCAUCUCGGAGCAGUGGGAGGACCUGACGAACCGACUCACUCAGAGGUCAAAUAACAUCGACCAGGCCCAGGGAACCAGCGAGCGCUACCAGGCCCUGCUCAGAGAACUCUCCUCCAGUGUUUCUGCUCUGGGUGAGAGGUUGGACGGCCAGGCCUCGCUGAGCGCCCAGCCCGAGGCGCUGAAACGACGCCUGCAGGAAACCGGAGAGAUCCGAUCAGAGCUGGAGAGACGGCGGACCGAGCUGGCCGAGGCUGAGCGGCUCUGCAAGGAGCUGAGCACCAUCGUGGCUGAACCCUACCUGAAGGAGGAGCUGAGUAAACGACUGGAGAGUGUCAGCGGGCCGCUGAAGAGUUUAGAGGAGCGUGCAGCGGACGGUCUGUCUCAGCUGCAGGCCGCCCUGUCGUCCACCCAGCAGUUCCAGCAGAUGUUCAAGGAGUUGCGCUCCUGGCUCGACAAGCAGGCGGAUCCCAGAGACUCCUCCGCCGACUCUCUGCCCUGCCAGCCAGAGGCCAUCCGCUCCCUGCUGGCACAGACCGAUGACCUCCAACGCGGGAUCGCCAGCCAGCGAGGCUCCUACGAGCUGCUGCAAGCCGAGGGAGCGUCGCUGCUCGCCUCUCUGCCCGCAGGUGGAGACGAACGGUCCGCUCUGCAGUCUCGCCUGGCCUCCCUGAAGCAGGACUGGGAGGGGCUGAACCAGAAAAUCUCCGACCGAGAGAGCAGACUGAAGACCACGCUGAGCAAGGCAGAAACCUACCAGCAGCACAAAGCCGAGCUGAUCCCGUGGUUAGCAGAGUGCGACAACAAAGCUGGAGAAGUCAAGCCGUCGCUGGACUCCUCGGCGCUGGACGAAGCCUUGCAGAAGGCUCGAGGUCUGUCGCUAGACCUCGAAAGACGACAACCUCUACUGGAGGCCUUCAAUACUGCAGCAGAUCAGCUGCUGGAACAAUGCUGCAUCGGGGAGGAAGAGGUGCGAGACGAGAAGGCCCAGCUGAACCGCCGGGUGGACGGACUGGGAGAGAAGCUCCAUAACCGCUCGUCCCAGCUGGAGGAGCUGGCUGGUCGCCUGAAGGAGUUUGAAGAGGGCCGACAGGCAGCAGAGAGGAGGCUGGAGGCCGCCAAGCACCAGAUAGAAGUCCAGGAGGCUUUAGGACCACAGGCCUGCAGCGCUAAGAGCCUGGAGCGGCUCAGAAGUCAGCAGGAGAGCCUCCGGUCCCUGAAGCCUCAGGUGGUCUACCUCAGAGACCUGGCCCAGGGGCUGGUACAGGACGCGCCCCAGACACCAGGAGGCAGCACCGAGGGGGCGCAGAAGCUCCAGGAGCAGGCCAGACACACAGAGAAAGACUACGACGAUGUUACUGACAAGAUCGAGCACUGCUGCUCCUCCCUGGAGUCGCGGCUGCAGGGCGUCGGCGAGGUCCAGUCCCACGUGCGAGACGUCUUCUCGCGCAUCGCCGACCUCGACGACGAGCUGGACUCGCUCGGCCCCGUGGCACGAGACGCCGACUCCCUGGCCUCUCAGGCCGACGCCCUCAAGGGCUUCCUGUCCCGUCUGACCAACCUCCGGUCGGAGCUGGAGGGCCACACGUCGGACUGCACCACCAUGCUGCGGCGGGAAGGCUCCUCCCCCGACCUGCUGGCUCUCAGGAGGGAGACGGAGGCUCUGAGCCGCCAGGCCGGCAAGCUGAGCGAGCGCGGUCUGGGCCGCCUGGACCAGAUCGAGGACGCUGCUGAGAGGGUUCGUGAGUUCUACAGGCUGGUCGGCGAGCUGCAAAGCAUGCUGGGAAGAGCCGAAGACGGGCUAAACGCACAGGGCAUGGUCGGCACCGAGGUGGAGAUGAUCAAACAGCAGCUGCAGGAGUUCAAGGCCGUGGAGCGAGAGCAGGUGGACAGCAUUCAGCCGAAGCUGCAGCACAUCAACGCAGUGGGUCAGGGUCUGAUCCAGAGCGCCGCCAAGCACACCGACACCCAGGCGCUGGAGCACGACCUGGAGACCACCAACCUCCGAUGGAACUCACUCAACAAACGGGUGGCCGAGCGGAUCGCCCAGCUGCAGGAGGCCCUGUUGCAUUGUGGGAAAUUCCAGGAUGCUCUGGAGCCUCUGCUGAGCUGGCUGAGCGACACAGAGGAGCUGGUGGCCAAUCAGAAGCCUCCGUCAGCCGAGUACCGCGUGGUCAAGGCCCAGAUCCAAGAGCAGAAGCUGCUCCAGAGACUGUUAGACGACCGCCGGCCGACCGUGGAGAUGAUCCGGGCCGAGGGAGAGAGGAUCGCAGCCACAGCGGACACUCAGGACCGGGACAAGAUUCAGACCCAGCUGCAGAGUCUGGCAGAGAGAUGGACCGACCUGCUGGACAAGGCCAGCGGCAGGCAGAGGCAGUUGGAGGAGCUGCAGGUUUUGGCCCUCCAGUUCCACGAGGCCCUGGAGCCGCUGGGUGAAUGGCUGAGCGCCACCGAGAGACGUCUGAGCUCCGCCGAGCCGAUGGGAACCCAGACGGCCAAGAUCAGCCAGCAGAUCGUCAAGCACAAGGCGUUCCAAGAGGACGUGUCCUCACAUGAAGCCGAGGUCGACCGACUCGAGUCCCUCAGCCAAUUGCUGACCCCGCUCAGCUGCGCGGCUGACCGUGAUUGGUUGAGCGAGCGCGUGGGGGCGGUGAGGUCGGGGCACUCGGAGCUCGCCGAUUGGUGCUCGCGGCGGGCCGGCCUGCUGGAGCAGGCGCUGGCUAACGCUCAGCUGUUUGGGGAGGAGGAGGUAGAGGUGCUGAACUGGCUGGCCGAGGUGGCUCAGAGGCUGGGACAGGUCUCCGUCCAGAGCUACCAGCACCAGCUGCUGGCCGAGCAGCACAAACACACACUGUCUCUAAAUGAAGAGAUCGUGAGCAGGAAGAAGACGGUGGACCAGGCCAUCAAGAAUGGACAAGCUUUACUCAAACAGACCACAGGUGAGGAGGUCCUGCUGAUCCAGGAGAAGCUGGACGGCAUCAAGUCUCGCUACGCUGAGAUGACGGCCGGCAGCAGCAAGGCCCUCCGCACCCUGGAGCAGGCCCUGCAGCUGGCCACACGCUUCGCCAGCGCCCACGACGACGUCAACCAGUGGCUGGACACCGUGGAGGCGGAGCUCAACAACGUGGAGCCCGACGCCACGCCCACCUACCAGGAGAGGCAGAAGGAGCUGAAGAAAGUGUCGGCGGAGAAGCGUCUGGUGUUGGACACGGUGAACGAGGUGGGCAGCGCCCUGCUGGACCUGGUGCCGUGGCGAGCCCGUGAGGGCCUGGACCGCCUGGUUGCUGACGCCAACCAGCGAUACCGCCAGUCUGAUGAAACCAUCACUCAGCGGGUGCAGCUGGUGCAAGCUGCCAUCCAGAGGUCACAGCAGUACGAGGAGGCGGUGGACGCGGAGCUGGCCUGGGUCGGGGAGACGGAGCGUAAGCUGGCGUCUCUGGGGCCCCUGAGCCUGGAGCCGGACGUGACGGUGGCUCAGAUGCAGGUCCAGAGAGCCUUUAACAUCGACAUCAUCCGACACAAAGACACCGUGGAUCAGCUGCUCGGCACCAGAGACGACAUCCUGGAGACCUGCAGCGACGCCCAGAAGGACGCAUUGAUAGUGAAGACGGAUUCUCUCAGCUCUCGUUACGACACAGUGAGUCAGAGCCACAGCGAGCGGUUCUCGGCUCUGGAGCAGGCUCAGGUUCUGGUGGCUCGGUUCUGGGAGACCUACGAGGAGCUGGAGCCGUGGCUGGGCGAGACUGAAACCCUCAUCACCCAGCUGCCGCCGCCAGCCAUUGACACCGACGCUCUCCGCCUGCAGCAGGACCAGAUGAGGCUGAUCAGAGAAUCCAUCGCCGAGCACAAGCCGCACAUCGACAAGCUGCUGAAGAUCGGCCCCCAGCUGGCCGAGCUCAGCCUCCACGAGGGCGAGACGGUGACGCAUCGCUACUCUGACGCCGAGAGACGCUACCUGGCCAUCAAAGAGGGGAUCAAAGGUCGAGCAACAACGUUAGACGAGGCCGUGUCCCAGUCUGCACAGUUUCACGAUAAGAUGGACCCCCUGCUGGAGACCCUGGAGGGGGCGGUCCAGCGGCUGCGCAGUCCUCCCCCGGUGGCGGCGGAGGUGGAGAAGAUCCGGGAGCAGCUGGCGGAGCACCGGGCCCAGGGCCUGGAGCUGGACAAGCUGCUGCCCAGCUUCUCCGCCCUCUGCGCCCGCGGAGAGGAGCUCAUCGGAAGAGCCGCUCACGACGAUCCUGCUGCUCAGGCUGUUCGGACCCGCCUCCUGCGCCUGCGCUCCCUGUGGGACGAGAUCCGGCAGCGAGCCGAGGAGAGGGAGGGGAAGCUCAACGACGUCUUGGACCUGGCCGGGAAGUUCUGGGCCGACGUGGCGGCGCUGCUGAGCACGCUCCGAGACUCCCAGGAUAUUGUGAAAGAGCUGGAGGACCCCGGGGUCGACCCUUCGCUCAUCAAACAACAGAUCGAGGCUGCUGAGGCUAUUAAGGCGGAGACGGACGGUCUGAGGGAGGAGCUGGAGUUCGUCAGGACCCUCGGAGCCGACCUCAUCUUCGCCUGCGGAGAGACUGAGAAACCUGAAGUCAAGAAAACCAUCGACGAGAUGAACGCAGCCUGGGAGGGUCUGAACCGGACGUGGAGAGAGAGGAUGGAGAGACUGGAGGAGGCCAUGACGGCGUCCGUGCAGUAUCAGGACGCUCUGCAGUCUAUGUUUGACUACCUGGACAACGCGGUGAUCAAACUGUGCGACAUGUCGACUGUGGGAACUGAUCUGGGGACAGUCAAACAGCAGAUUGAAGAACUCAAGCAGUACAAGGUGGAGGUUUACCAGCAGCAGAUCGACAUGGAGAAGCUGUGCCACCAGGGGGAGCUGCUGCUGAAGAAGGUGUCGGACCAGACGGACAGGGACAUGAUCCAGGAGCCGCUCACCGAGCUCCGGCACCUCUGGGACAACCUGGGGGACAAAAUCACCCACAGACAGCACAAGCUGGAGGCGGCCCUGCUGGCCCUGGGUCAGUUCCAGCAUGCCCUCUCUGAGCUGCAGGCCUGGCUGAACCACACACACACCACGCUGGACACACAGCGACCAGUCAGCUCCGACCCCAAGGCCAUCGAGAUCGAGCUGGCCAAACACCACGUUUUGCGUAACGACGUUCUCUCCCAUCACGCCACUGUGGAGAACGUGAACGGUGCCGGCGCUGAGCUGCUGGAGUCGUCUCCAGGCGACGAGGCCAGCCACCUGAGGGACCAGCUGGACACGCUCAACCAGAGCUGGCAGAGUCUCCUGCUCAAGACCCAGGAGCGGCAGAAGCUGCUGGAGGCCGCCCUGCACCAGGCUGAAGGAUUCCAUGGCGAGCUGGAGGAGUUCCUCCAGUGGCUGAGGAGGACGGAGAGCCAGCUGUCCGCCGCCAAACCGACAGGUGGUCUCCCAGAAACAGCCAGAGAGCAGCUCCAGCAGCACCUGGAGCUCCAGGCCCAGCUGACUCAGCGAGCAGACCAGUACCACCGCCUGCUGGACCAGGGAGAGUCCAUGCUGCUGGCUCGUGGAGGAGAGGAAGCCGGACCCGGGACCACCCAGACCCAGCAGAACCUGGGCAUGCUGCAGAACAAGUGGGCCAGCCUCAACACCAAGAUGGACGACCGCAGGGCGAAGCUGGAUGAGGCCGUUUCUCUGGCCACAGGCUUCCAGACCUCUCUGCAGGACACCAUCAACUGGCUGACCCAGGCCGAGCAGACCCUGAACAUGGCCCAGCCCCCCAGCCUCAUCCUGGACACCGUCCUCUUCCAGAUCGACGAGCACAAGGUGUUUGUGAACGAGGUGAACACCCACAGAGAGCAGGUCCUGGCUCUGGAGAAGGCCGGAUCUCAGCUGCGCUUCGCCAGCCUGAAGCAGGACGUCGUUCUCAUCAAGAACCUGCUUCUUAGCGUCCAGGCUCGCUGGGACAAGCUGGUCCAGAGGUCGCUGGACCGCGGCCGACACCUCGACGAGGCCCGCAAACGCGCCAAACAGUUCCACGAGGCCUGGAGGAAGCUGACAGACUGGCUGGAAGAAGCCGAGAAACGACUCGACUCAGAGCUGGAGAUCUCCAACGAGCCGGACAAGAUCAAAGUCCAACUGGCCAAACACAAGGAGUUUCAGAAGGCGCUGGGCUCGAAGCAGCCGGUCUAUGACACCACGGUGAGGUCUGGGAGGGCCAUGAGGGACAAGGCCCAGCUGCCUGCAGACACCCAGAAACUGGACCACCUGGUGGGAGAAGUCCGCGACAAGUGGGACACCGUCUGUGGCAAGAGUGUAGAGAGACAACACAAGCUUGAGGAGGCUCUGCUGUUCUCAGGACAGUUUGCAGAGGCCCUUCAGGCCCUGGUGGACUGGUUGUACCGGGUGGAGCCCCAGCUGACUGAAGACCUGCCCGUCCAUGGAGAUCUGGACCUGGUGUCUAACCUCAUGGACUCACAUAAGGCUUUCCAGAAAGAGCUGGGUAAGAGAACGAGCAGCGUCCAGGCUCUGAAGCGGUCGGCUCGGGAGCUGAUGGACACCGGCCGCGACGACACGGCGUGGGUCAAAGUUCAGCUCCAGGAGCUCAGCAACCGCUGGGACACGGUGUGCGCUCUGUCAGUCACCAAGCAGACACGCCUCCAGCAGGCGCUCAAACAGGCGGAGGAGUUUCGUACGGCGAUCCAGGUGCUGUUGGAGUGGCUCUCGGAGGCGGAGCAGACGCUUCGUUUCCGUGGCGUCCUUCCCGAGGAGGCGGAGACUCUGCAGGCGCUGCUGCACACACAUCGUGACUUCAUGGGCACCGUGGAGGAGAAGAGGGCGGACGUCAACAAGGCUGCCGGCAUGGGAGAGGGCAUCCUGACCGUGUGUCACCCUGACUCCAUCACCACCAUCAAACACUGGAUCACCAUCAUCAGGGCGCGCUUCGAGGAGGUGCUGACGUGGGCCAAACAGCAUGAGCAGCGUCUGGAGACGGCUCUGACUGAAGUGCUGAACAACGCCAACCUGCUGGAGGAGCUGUUGUCAUGGCUACAGUGGGCCGAGACCACGCUGGUCCAGAGAGACACCGAGCCGCUUCCUCAGGACAUCCCACAGCUCAAAACACUCAUCACAGAACACCAGAUGUUUAUGGAGGAGAUGACGAGGAAGCAGCCGGACGUCGACAAAGUGACAAAGACCUACAAAAGGAAACCAGCGGAGCCUCCCAGCAGCCUGGCCGAGAGGAGAGGAGCCCGCAAACAGCAGCAGCAGCAGCAGCAGCAGCAGCAGCAGCAGGCGGCCAUGCAGCUCUCCGGAGGAAACCCUCGACUCAACCAGCUGUGUGCGCGCUGGCAGCAGGUCUGGCUGCUGGCGCUCGACCGCCAGCGCAAACUCAACGACGGCCUGGACCGACUGGAGGAGCUCAAAGAGUUUGCCAACUUUGACUUUGACGUGUGGAGGAAGAAGUACAUGCGCUGGAUGAACCACAAGAAGUCUCGUGUCAUGGACUUCUUCAGACGCAUCGACAAGGACCAGGACGGGAAGAUCACGCGGCAGGAGUUCAUCGACGGCAUCCUGGCAUCGAAGUUUCCCACCAGUAAACUGGAGAUGACCGCUGUGGCCGACAUCUUUGACAGAGACGGAGACGGUUACAUCGACUACUACGAGUUUGUUGCUGCUCUGCACCCCAACAAGGACGCAUACAGACCCACCACUGAUGCUGAUAAGAUAGAAGAUGAGGUGACUCGACAGGUGGCUCAGUGUAAAUGUGCCAAGAGGUUCCAGGUGGAGCAGAUAGGAGAGAACAAAUACCGGUUCUUCCUCGGAAACCAGUUCGGAGACUCUCAGCAGCUUCGGCUGGUGAGGAUUCUGCGCAGCACGGUGAUGGUGAGAGUCGGAGGAGGCUGGAUGGCUCUGGACGAGUUCCUGGUCAAAAACGAUCCAUGCAGAGUGCAACAUCCAGGACUUAAGAUUCUCCGCUCCGAUUCCAGUAGCUCCAUCUCAUCUCGUAUAGCUCGUGGUCGCACCAACCUGGAGCUGAGGGAGAAGUUCAUCCUCCCUGAAGGAGCGUCUCAGGGUCUGGCCGCCUUCCGCUCCAGAGGUCGGCGCUCCAAGCCGGGCUCCCGCAACGCCUCGCCCACCCGCUCCUCCUCCUCGGCCUCCCACAGCGGCGCCUCGCUGCCCUCUGCCCCCUCCACCCCCGCCACACCCACAGCCUCCGCAUCGUCCAGGUCCUCCCAUACUCACUCGCGUGACUAUGCCAAGCCCUGGCUGGCACACAGUAAAACUCCAACGCCAACCAAGUGCCACUGCUGCCCAGAUCUCGGUCACAGCCUCACCACUCCUGGGCACGAGGGGGCGACAUCCGGCUCCAAACUCAAGAGGCCGACGUUCCACUCGAGCCGAGGUUCUCUGACCGGAGAGAACGGAGGAACGACACACAGCUGCAAACCGUCACGAAGCGACCCGAAGCGAGGGGCGUCGACAGCCAGCGGGCCGACCAGCCGUGCCGGCAGCCGGGCGGGCAGCAGAGCCAGCAGUCGGCGCGGCAGCGACGCCUCGGACGCGUCGGAGCUGCAGGAUGCCCGUUCUGUCUGCUCAGACGCCUCGGACACCCCGAGACGACCCGGGGCCAAACCCUCCAAGAUCCCCACCAUCUCCAAGAAGGCCCCCAGCCCAAAAACCCCGGGGGCUUCGAAGAAAUAACCGGAGCAGAGCCGAUUCUCCUCCAGACUGCAAUCUGAAGUCCAUCUAACAGGGCUGAGUUUGAGCUCUAUGACUGACAUCUUCCAGGGGGGAGAAGGAGACGGAGAAGGCGUCCUUCUCACUCUUUCCCCGCUCCAUGAACAGACUGACAACGUGCACAAGAGGAGUUCUGGUCUGGCAGUCCCAGGCCAGAAUCUGUGGGGUCGAGAAAAAAAAGACUUUCCCCUUUAAGAAGCGACCCCAUUUUGCCUUCCAGUCUCCUGCUUUGUCUUGUUAAGAAAGUUCCCCACCAGCGUGGAACCAAACUCCCUCUGACUUGACGUGAUGCUGCCUUAUACUUCUACACUUCUGUCCCGAUCAGACGGAGCAACAGAGAAAGUCUUUAAACUGCUUUUUACCACACUGACACACAAAUACACACAUUUUAACACAGAGGCGGGAAAGGGAGUGGGACACACCGCCACCACCACGGCUGCAAAAACAAAAAAAAGCCCAAAUGAAAUUCAGGAAUAAAAAAAGAAGAAGAAGAAGAAAGGAUUGUGGGUCAUUAUUUUGGCUUGUGGGCCAGAUGCCUCAACGAUGAGUUUAAAAAGAAAAAUAUGCAACGACUGCCAUGUCGCUUCCUCCGGCGAGACAAAAACGGUCACCUCAGCAGAUCUGCAGCAGCAGACACCACGUGUGGACAGCUCAGGAGGCGGGAAACACGGUUCCAACACACACACACACACACACACACACACACCGUCUAACCUCAGACUCGGAGGGUCGGUGAUGGUGGCGGUGGCGGUGCUGCUGCAGCUGAGCGCAAACACUCACACACUCAAACACCGCAGAGCAGACUCCUCCCGACCGCCGGAACGUUGAGAUCGACCUUGUGUGUGCAUUUCAGCAAAGGGCGGUGCGGUUUUUGUCACAAUCCAACACUCAAAAAAUCACAAACUGGCAAUAGAAGGGACUAUUUUUAUGGCGACAACUAACAGCACAUUACUGACAAUAUACGACAUGUGUAACCUAACCCGAUGUUAAAGACCGUGUUUGCGGAGUUCGACAACCAGCAUGCACUAAUUGUCUCUUCCUCUGCAGUUCCACCUUAAUGUCUAUACGCUGCGUUGCCUCUAGCAGCCCAGCAGCACACACACACUCUCACACACACACACACACACACAAGGUGGUGUGUAUAAUGUGUGUCAUUGUUACAGGAAACAAUAAGAGGUCAUCGACUUGAGUCACUGUAUGCAAAAAUUUUAAUUUGCGAAUGUCGAUUUUUUUCGUUGUUUUCUGGUUAAUUUAUAAUCCAGUUGUACUUUUGUUAUCUAGCUUGAAAGAAAAAUCUAUUUAUUUUUCAGUCAUAUCACCAUUGGCGGAGAGAGUGAUUUAGUAUUAUGGUUUAAAUAAUUUUUUUUUGUACCAAGGAAAUGUCCGCUCCGCUCGCUCUUUGACAUUAUUUGUGUGUGUUUCAUUGUAACAUUAUUCACUAGGUCGCUGAUUCUGGUGGCAGCCUUGUUUGUUCAUUUUUCUUUUUGCUAAUGACUACAAUUCCCAGACCAUGACCAAAGGGGUUUGCCCUUCAUGUGUAGAGAGAACUACAAAUAUGAAUGACAGGAGACCGGGGAAGAGCGGACCAAUGAGUGCGGGUUUCCUCCCUCAUGUCCCGCCCCCCGAGC